CUGUAUUUAAGGAAGUGAUAGCCAGUGUUCGUCUGUAAAGCCUCAAGAUAGAGCGUUACGGUACAUAUUUCUCUCAUGUCUGGUUCAAUGUCCAGCUCAAUCAUGGAACAAAAUGCAACCAAUUCAACUGAAGGAUCUUGUGGCUUGUCUGAAAUGCCAGCUCGUCCGUUCUUCUUCUGUUUAUACACAGUAAUUUUUCUGGCAAGCCUGGUGCUCAACAGUAUUACAAUAUACGUAUACUUUUGUAAAGCUAUACAUCAGUCCAGCAUCACAAUCUAUAUGAAGAAUCUGGCUAUAGCCGACUUGUUUGUGUGCCUGUGUUUGAUAUUACGCAUUGCUAAAUAUGCUAGCACUUCAAUGGAAAUUCAGCGUAUCUACUGCAACUUUGGUGCUCCCACUUCCUACCUCAACAUGUACUCCAGUAUUCUCUUCAUGUUCUACAUAGCUGCAAACAGGUACAUGAAGAUCGUACGACCACUGCAGACCCACAUGCUGCAAACAGUCCGUUCGACCCGCUACAUCUGCACCAUGACCUGGGCCGUCCUGUUGUGCCUUAAUUGUCCCUACAUUGUUGCAUUUUUCAGCGCUGAUAAACAAACCUUAGCCCACAGUGGUUUCGACUGUGACAGCUUUCAUAACAACUUUCUCCAACAGAUCUACUUGGCCUUGCAGAUCAUGUCCUUUGUAAUGUUUUUCUUUGUGCUGGUAUCCCUGAUUCUGUUUUACUGGCUGAACGUACGGAAGCUUUGUCAAGCGCAGUUUACGAUGCCAAAUCAGCAUGGUAAUUUUAAGCUGAGCAAGUCAAAGCGUAAUAUGCGGGUUUUGGUGGUCAUUUUCUGCGUGUGUUUUGUGCCGUAUCAUCUGGUGAGACUGCCAUACGUGUUCAUUAAACCCCUGCUGAACGACUGCACAACAGAGCAGGUUUUCUACUUCCUGAAGGAGCUGAGCGUCCUGCUCGCAGUACUAAAUGCCUGUUUGGAUCCACUUAUCCACUUUGUCUUUUGCAAGACCUUCAGAGCACAGCUUAAACUUCAGAGAUUUUGCUAAUCAUAUUGAGAUAUAAAGCUCUGGGUUAAAAGUAAAUAUUAAGUUGAAUUACAGGAAUGUUCACCCCAAAAUGAAAAUUCUGACACUGUUUGCUCACCAUCAUGUUGUUUCAGACCUGUAUGUGUUUCUUUCUUCUUUUAAACUCAAAAAAAGGAUGUGUUUAACAGUCGAUGGUAGCCACUGCCUUCCGUUAUGGAAGACAAAAAUACUAUGGAAGUCAAUGUGGACCAGUAACUGAUUGGUUACAAACAUUCUUUAAAAAAUAAAAAAAAUCUUCUACUGUGUUCAGAAGAAAAAGGAAAAUCAUACAGGUUUGCAACAGCUUGAGGGCGAUUAAACGUAAACUUGAGUAAACUAUCUCUUUGCUUAUAUUAUGCUGCUUUAUUAUGGUCUCAUUUUUCACAACACUCAGCAUUGGGUGAGAGAGAAGACCAUCUAAAACUGUACUUGACAAACAUAACAUCCAUAUUUAAACCCGAUUUGAACCCCCAGUAAAUCCUCAAUUGGGUGACUGCAGGGAUUUAUAAUAAUAAAUUAGGAAAACCUUUCAGACAACUGGCAAAUGUUGGUAAAUGUUAUCAAGUGUUUAUUUUGUAAACAUUCUUUUUAUACUGUAAUUUAUUUGACUGGAUUUUAUUGUA